AAUUCGGAAUAAGAUCUUCUUUGCUCUCUUUUUCGAUUUCUUAUUCUUUAUCGUUGUUAUUCUCGUGUUCUGAUUGCUUGACGUGUGGUAAUUAGCAGAUAUCCGAGUCCUCUGGGAAAUUAGGAUUUUCCUAGUUUCCUUAUUUAAACAGAAAUCGACAGUGCAAAUUUCGGUUCCCACAAUUUCCAUGUCUAGGAUAUCAAACUAAACUGGAACUCUUCUCUACUAAUUGGAAGAGCCUUUUUGUCAACAAUGGGAGCAAUGUGUAACAUGCAAACCAACCAAUUGUUCCUGACGCUCAUAGAUCCUCAUGUCCACUACAAUCCUAUUCCUGUUAAGAAUCCACAUACGUCCUCCAGAAGAAUCGAUGAUCCAGGACUCAUCGCAGCAUGCCACUGUGGAGCUGAAUAUCGGACAAAAUAUUCGGCAUCUAUCGAAACUCACACUGCAACAUCGGUCGACAGUGCUCACCGGAAAUCAAUUGACAUGGCCAAAGUAGAAUCGGUCGACAGUAGUCCAUGAGAUUGGGAAGAUGACUACUACAAUUCAACUAUCGCCGCACACACCAUACACACCAUGCAUACGGAGGAGUAUGAUGAAGAUUAUGAGAAGGAACGAGCUAUAGAGUACAAAGCCAUUUUUGAUGACGAAGAUAGACUUCUCCACCAUUCCUCUUGGAAAAGGAAUGCACAGUCGAUCGACAUAACAGUCUUAACAUCGAUCGACACUCAUCUUAAUCAGACUAGCCGAAAACGAGCAUCGACCGACAUUGCAUGAUACCCAUCGAUCGACACUAAUGUCGACUGUGCACGAGAAGGAGAUUACUCGAUUGGCAGUUAGGCAGGUGAUCGCUAUCACGAGAGCUAUGCAGUAGAGAUAGUAGUCCGUGAUCCAUGAGCAGAUGAAUUUCAUGAGGGUUUCACAUAUUAGAGACUUCUCAAUAUGCAAAUAUGCGAUGAAGCAGAUCAACAACAAGCAGAAGCUUAAGGGGAAAGAACACAUUUCAGCCAUCCUAUCGACAGAACAAAUCGUCCGUCGAUUGACAUCUGUCCGAAACCACCAUCCACUCUAAGCAGAAAUACUAAUUAUGAUAACCAGUAUCUAACACAUGAUGAGUUUGGUAUUUUCAGGGACCUAGAUGGCUACGCAAGAGCAAUAGAUGGACAUGCACUGCAUAUAUCCAGAUAGGACAUUGCAAACAAUCUUCAGAUGGCUAAUGGAGCUGAUAAUCUCUUCAUGGAAUAACGCAACAUCCCAGCACAUCACCAGAGGGUUACAAACGAGUCCUAUGAAAUAGCUGGUGGAGUAGACAAUCAUUUCAAGUAUUAUAUUGGACAUCAUACUCGACCGUUGAGGACCCAACUUCGGUCGACUGAUGACCCAAGUUUUGAAAACGCGCCUUUGACUGUUAUUGAACUAGGAGAUUCCACUAGGAGGAGAAACAACCUGUUCAGAACACAUGUUCUACCUAUUUCUAAGAUUUCAAAGAACAACAAACAUUACAAUCGGACAACAACUAAAAGUAAGCUCUCAUUUCUACAUUCAUAUAACAUUUCUAUAUGUUUAACAUGAAUAUAAGCUCUUUGUCAAAUUUUCUCUUUUAAAAAAAAAUCCUAAGGAUACUUUACAAAUACAAAUAAAAAACAAUAACAUGAAUGACUUAAUCGUAGUGUAUAAGAAAAUUAAUCAAUCCAUACAACUAAUUUUAGUUUAAGAAAUAAGACAAAUCAAGUUUAAAAAUUCUAGAGUUAAGAGAAUCAAAAGAAUAAUCACAGACCUAGUGUUUCGAAACAUGGGACUUUGAUGAAAUUGAUCAUACAGAGUGUGAAAAGGCUGCCCGAUGAAACUCGUACAGAAAGAAGAAGACGUCCGACGAAACCCGUAGAGGAAGAAUGAAUCUCCAAUUCUUCUAUUCGUGUCUAAGAACAAAGAGAAGGAAAGUGAGUUAGAGACGGAAAAAAAUGAUCAUAAAGGAUGAAGGAACAAGGAUUCUUAACCUAAAUCGCCAUUGAUACAGCUUCAAGGUUUUGGCGGAGAAGAGAGUGUCGUGAAAUUAUGGUAAAAGGUAAAAUGCGACACUUAAGUAUGUUUUACCUAUUUCACUUUCUUUCUUUUUCUACUUUCUUUUUUAUUUAACUUUUUUUUUCCUUUUUUACAAAACUAAAAUAAUUUACGAAAAAUCAAAAUUAAUUAGGUUAAUUAAAGGGUAUAAUGAUAAAAAUAUAAAUCCUAGUUACCUAAAUAAUCUUAUACAAGUUUUAUUGAGACAAAUCUUAGUCGAAACUAACUCCUUUUCCCAAUUUUCUCGAAAUAAAAUUAUACUUAGAAUCAAUUAUUCGAUCUCAGCUCUAGACAACCUCUUUCACUUCAUAAAGUUAUUCCAAAAAUACAAAGAACAAAAUAUUUUGUUUCUAUCAUCAGUAAAUACAAUAUCUGUAAAAGUAAAGGAUUGGUGUUCAAAAGUAAAAGACACAUGAACAAGUACUCGUGUGAAGUGUUACCAUCAAGCAAUCAAGUAAUUGCUUACUUUAAUUCAACUUUUGUUUACAAAUAACGAAAAACACACACGUAAAUGUGUACAUAUAGGUGCGUGUGUGCAUUACCCUCCUCUAUAAGAGUGAUCAAUUCUAUUGAAGUUCAGCUACACAAUAUUCUCGACCAAUUCUCUCUUUUUACUUCUAUAUCUCUCUCUGAUGAAGGGAACACUAAGAUACUUAGCAGGAAUUGCAGGGCCAAAUGGGUUUGGCUCACGAUCUACAGCUGAACAAGUUACACAACACUGCUUUCUCCCUUACUCCCAUCUCACGGCCAUUAUCACUGGAGGAACAUCUGGGAUCGGUGCGGAAACCACCAGAGUGUUAGCAAAAAGAGGGGUGAGAGUAGUGAUGGCAGUAAGAGAUAUGAAGAAAGCAGAAAUUGUGAAGGAGAGAAUAGUGAGAGAGAGCCCAGAAGCUGAUAUCGUAUUAUUGGAGAUUGAUCUCAGCUCUCUCUCUUCAGUGGCCAGAUUCUGCUCUCAGUUUCUUUCACAGGAUCUUCCCCUCAACAUUAUCAUAAACAAUGCUGGGAUUUUCUCUCCAAAUCUUGAAUUCUCAGAGGAAAAGAUUGAACUGACAUUUGCUACAAACUUUUUAGGACAUUACUUAUUAACAGAGAUGCUGAUAAAGAAAAUGAUAGAUACGGCUAAGAAGAGUGGAAUCGAAGGACGAGUCAUUAACCUUACUUCCGUGAUUCAUAGUUGGGUCAAGCCUGAUUGUUUCUCCUUCCCUGAAUUACUACAUCCCAUUAAGUAUAAUGGUACAAAGGCAUAUGCUCAGUCAAAGCUGGCAACAAUUUUACAUGCCAAAGCGCUGAGCAGGCGAUUAAAGGACAGAAAUGCAAACGUAACGAUAAAUGCAGUCCAUCCAGGGAUUGUUAAAACAGGAAUUAUCAGAGCGCACAAGGGUCUUUUGACAGAUUCUCUGUUUUUGAUAGCUUCGAAGCUCCUAAAGUCUGUAAGCCAGGGCGCAGCGACGACAUGUUAUGUGGCUUUGAGUAACGAAACCAAAAGGAUUAGUGGAAAGUAUUUUGCAGACUCGAAUGAGACAAAUUGCUCAGAUUUGGCGAAUGAUGUAUCUUUAGCUCUCAAGCUCUGCACCAACAGUCAUACCCUAAUCCAUGAUUAUUUGCAUCUAUCUCUUUUUAAUCUGAGUCUUCUGUAACUCUUCUUGAUAUAUAUCCCUUUUCUACUAAAAGAAAAUCCACCAAUUUAUUGAUGUAAAGUAAUUGUAUCAAGACUUAUCUCAUCAUCAUGUGUGUUUCCUCAUAGACCUCAGUAUUUUCCUAAAGGAUCUUUACCGAGGUCUAAUGAUUUCAUACUAAACACUCAUUCUCAUUUCUUCUUA